AUUUCUUUGGGACCCCUCAAAUAACAAUACUUAAGCUUAUAGCUCUUGCACAAUUGCAUACUUCAAUCUAGAUGAUGGCGAUGAAGGUGUUUGUGGAACGGGCCAGUGUGUCAGUGCGUCUUUUUCUACUGGUUGUAACUUUAAACCUGAUCGUAGCUGGGGCGCACGGCGGAUGCCCAAGUAUUCUACCCAGCGCUUGCAAUUGUGCAACUAGGAUAGAAAACUUGCAGGAGAUCACCUCUGUGAAAUGCGUAGGGAAGGGAUUGGCGGAUACUCCACUGUUUACCUACCAGGCUAACCGCAGUGUUCACAUUCUAGAUCUCCGUAGAAAUGAGCUGACCUCCAUUGCAAAUUAUGCUUUUGAUGGGCUGUAUGGAGUGCGAAUACUGUGGCUGGACCAGAACCAAAUCUCAACCAUCGCAUCUAACGCAUUCAGCGCUAUUAGCAGCACUCUACAACAACUGCAUUUAAAUUACAACCAACUUCCGCGCAUCCCAUUGAACGGCCUGAAAGUUUUAACCAAAUUACAGAGACUGGAACUGCGAUACAAUAAAAUAGUAAAUUUAGGUCUGACGGACCUUGAAGGACUGAACGAGUUAAAGCACUUGGAUCUACAAUCUAAUGACAUCAGUGCCAUCGCUGAGGCGCAAUUUUCGAAGUUUCCAAAUUUGGGACUCUUGUCGCUCGGAGAAAACCGCAUAGCCGACCUCCCAACGCGUGCCUUUGAGGGCAUCGAAAACUUAACAUCACUAUCUUUGUCCGACAAUUUGCUCACCGAAACCCCCCUUGACACAUACGAGAGACUAAGACAACUAGAAAUAUUUGAUUUUAAUCGGAAUCGCAUAAGCGAACUUAACGUUGCUCUUUUUCAGAGACUAACGGGGUUGAGGAACAUUUAUGGAUCUGGAAACAAUCUCGAGAAAAUAGAGAGAGGAACAUUCGAUAAUCUCCACAGUCUUACUACGCUCGACCUUUCCAAUAACAGAUUUCACACACUGGCAUCUGAUACAUUCAACGGACUCGCCAUGUCAUUAGUGACUCUAAACCUUAUGAACAAUAACCUGACUGAAGACUCGGUCUUACCUGCUAUACACUCCUUGACUAACUUACAGCGACUUCUAUUGUCGGGAAACGCCUUUCAGAUCUUGGGAGCAAAUGCGUUUCAGUCACUCAGCAAACUUAAAGAACUUUUCCUUGCUCGCAAUAAUAUUCGGCGUGUAAACAACAGCGCGUUUUCUGGUCUUGAAGAAAGUCUUGAAGUUCUUCACUUAGAGCACAACCGCCUGUUGAAACUUCCGUACUUGAAAAACCUCACAAAUUUGCGAGAGUUCUACUUUGGUGGCAACGCUCUCGGAGUUAUUCCAAAGAGGGCAUUCGACGGUCUCGAGUUGACACGCCUAGAUCUCAGUCAAACGAACAUCACCUCCAAACUGGCCUCACUUCCACCGGAGGCGUUCCAAGGUCUGGAGGAAUACCUUGAAAACUUAGACUUGCAUGGGAACUUCCUGGAAACUGUUCAUCACUGUGUUUUUAGAUGGCUGAAGCGCCUGAAGAUCCUCGACAUUUCGUUCAACCCCUUGUCGUGUGACUGUAGAAUGCUGUGGCUGCAUUUUACAUUCCGAGACGUGACGUACAACAGAGCGAGGUGUGACCGGUCAGCGAACAAGGGUGAAAGUUGGGAAGAGUCAAGUGCCGUCGAGUCUUUUACAGUCUCCGGAUGCUCGUCAGACGAAAUCGCCAAUUGCACUGACCCGCCGGUCCCUAGCUCUACAAAUACCCCCACUAGCCAGCCGCCCCCUGGGGACCAGCCAAGGCAACUGACCGCUGACAAGGAUACGGUUGUAGUUAUUGUGUUGGUCUGCGUCUGUGGACUGGCUCUGCUGGCAGUGAUCGUGGGGUUCAUAUGCAGUUGUUCUCAGAGACGACGCGUUCUCAAAAACGACUUUCCAAUGUCUGAUACAUCUUCAACCGUGUACAGCACUUCUUCAGUUUUCAAGCGUUAAUUAAGUGUUCAUUUGAGAGAUUUUCGUUAGCGUCACAGACAAAGUGUAAAUGAAGGUGACUUGUUCAACUCAAAGGACAGCUCUCCCAGGGUGAUGUUGUAAUUAGUAGACUUUACUUUUCUAUAGACAAAACGUAAGUGGUGGUGCGUUAUGACCAACUAGACAGACAUAUAAACGUUCAAAAUAAAAGAAACAGUGACAUCGAAACUACCUAAAAUUUACAGAUUGAAGUAGGCCCUACACAUUGAUGCAAUAUAACAUAGGCCAAAGCUUAAUAGCAUAAUCACUACCAUUCUUAAUUAUGCACUAUUACAUGUAAUAGUGUGGACAAUGAAAAAAAUGUUACUGGCAUAAUGCUUUAAAGCCACACAGGUAAAAUGCCAAUCUGUGAAGAAUGAAAAAUAAAUGACAAAAAAUUUUGCCAGUGUCUUCAACAAGAAUAGCCUAGUUUUCGAACUGCUCAAGUGUGGACAAUCAUUUCAUUUAUUCAAAGCUCACAGGAGAGCUCUCAAACUUUCGUGUUACAUAUAUAACAUACUGUGUAAUUAGUGGACACAGGAGUGACACAAGCUAAGUGGCGGAUUUUCGUCAGCGCUACAGAUAAAGUGUAAAUGAAAGUGACUUGUUCAGCUCUCCCAGGGUUGUGUUAUAAUUAGUACAAAUUGUUUCUGUGGAAAAAAGGUAUAUAUCCAAGAAACUACAGUUUAUUGCAGAGGUAAUACACAGCGACCGAAGACUUCUCGGGAUGUCUUAAAAGAAAUCAAUGAUUAAAUGUAAAGAUUGCUUUUUAUGGAUACAUGUAGAUAUACGCGUUUCUUGUAAGGUACAUGUAUAAAGAGCGCUUUUUUGGAGACUUUAAAACAUUGUAUCAAAACCAUAU